AUGGAGGAACAGAAGCCCACGCCCGAAAAUAUGACCAUGAUGCAGGGGUUCGAGUGGUAUGUGCCUGCAGAUCAAAAGCAUUGGGUGCGGCUGGAGAAACACGUCCCUCAGCUCAAGGCAUGGGGCAUUGACAAUAUUUGGGUUCCUCCCGGAUGCAAGGGUUCCUCCAAGGAGGGCAAUGGCUAUGACAUCUACGAUCUGUAUGAUCUCGGAGAGUUUGACCAGAAAGGCUCUGUUGCCACUAAGUGGGGGAACAAGCAGGAGCUGGACAAGCUCUGCCAGACCGCAAAGGCGACCGGUGUCGGCAUCUACUGGGACGCGGUACUCAAUCACAAGUUUGCCGCCGACCACAAGGAAAAGUGCCAGGCCAUCGAGGUGAAUCCGGACAACCGCAACGAGAACGUGAGCGACCAGUACGAGAUCGAUGCCUGGGUGGGAUUCGACUUCCCCGGCCGCGGGGACAAGUACAGCAAGAUGAAGUACCACUGGUAUCACUUUGGGGGCGUCGACUUCAACGCAGCGAAUGGGAAGAGCGCCAUCUACAAGAUAGUGGGCGAGAAGUCCCAGGGAUGGGCCGACGUUCCGGAUGUGGAUGACGAAAAGGGGAACUACGACUACCUCAUGGGCUCGGACCUGGACUACUCGCAUCCAGAGGUGGAAGAAGACGUUCUCGCCUGGGGGAAGUGGCUGGCCGAGACGGUGCCACUGCAAGGUAUCCGCUUUGACGCCGUGAAGCACUACAGUGAGGACUUCCUCCGCAAGUUCAUCACCCAGUUGGACGAGCAAUACGGCCAGGGCUGGUUCUUCGUCGGCGAGUUCUGGAAAGACAGCCUCGAUGACAUGAGGGAGUACCUCCAGAGGAUGGGCAAGAAGUUCUCCCUGUUUGACGCGCCGCUGGUGUACAACUUUAGCGAGAUCAGCCAAGGGGAUGGUGCGGAUAUGCGAAAGGUGUUUGACGGAACCUUGGUGCAGGCAGAGCCCAUCAACGCUGUUACGCUCGUGAUGAACCACGACACUCAGCCCUACCAAGCCCUCGAGGCCCCCAUCGCAGACUGGUUCAAGCCCCUGGCCUACGCGCUCAUCCUCCUCCGCGGCCAGGGCUACCCGUGCGUUUGGUACGGCGACCUCUACGGCAUCAAGGGCGAACACCCCUUCCCUCCCUCGUGUGGGGGGAUACUCCCGAAGAUCAUGCUGGCGCGCAAGCUGUACGCCUACGGCGAGCAAAAGGACUAUUUUGACUUCGAGACGUGCCUCGGCUGGGUCAAGUACGGCACCUGGGAUCGGCCCUCUGGCUGUGCUGUAGUGAUCAGCAACGCCGGGCCGGGAGAGAAGAGGAUGCACGUGGGUGAGAUCCACAAGGGCGAGAAAUGGACCGACGUCCUGGGCUGGUCUGAUCGUGAGGUCGAGAUUGGCGAGGACGGGUACGGAACCUUUGUGUGUGGCCAGUGCAGUGUCAGCAUCUUUGUCAACAAGGACGCCGAAGGGAGGGAUAAGUUUGCCCAGGAAUUUAACAGCAACAUUUACGAAGAAUGA